GACGUCAUCAUCCAGAUCGUCAUCUAUGAUCAUUCGAGCCUUAGGAGAGGACGCGUUUCAUAUAUAAAUCCUUUGGAUCCUCUUCGUCAAUUCCUCAAACGCUCCCUCUCAUAUAUCAUCGUCCAAAAUAUUCAUCAUUCAGCCAUGUCCGCAAAAGAUAUUGUCACCGCUUACGAUGUUGCAGUCCCCGAAAAACAAACGCAAGACCAGCCAGGUCUAGAUAAGUACAUGAAACCCGGAGUGGAGUUUAUCAGGCAAGAAGUUUGGGACAAUGAUGGAAAGCCCCACUUGAAAGAUUAUGUCGGUAGCGGCAAAUUGCAAGGCAAAUACGCUAUCAUUACUGGCGGUGAUAGUGGCAUUGGUCGUGCCACUGCAAUAAUGUUUGCGCGCGAGGGUGCCAAGGGCAUAACUAUUUCUCAUCUCCCGGAAGAAGAGGAAGAUGCAAAGCACGCAGCGAAUGCGAUGAGAAAGGACGGGGGUGGCAUUGAGAUCAAUGUCGUCUCGCUAAACUUGCAGCAUGAGGCUGAUUGCAAGAAGCUGGUGGAUUCGCACAUGCAGAAAUUCGGCACUCUGAAUAUUCUGGUCAACAACGCCUCCAAGCAAAUCAUAUGCCCGAAUUUCGUCGACAUCGACCUCAAGAAUGUACGGAGUACUUUCGAAUCCAAUAUCAUCCAGAUGUUCGCAGUUACGAAAUUUGCUCUACCACACCUGAAACGGGGUUCGGCUAUCAUCAAUACGACUUCAGUGGUUGCCUACGCGGGGGCUCCUAAUCUUGUCGAUUAUAGUACCACAAAAGGUGCCAUUCUCACCUUUACGCGAUCUCUCGCUAUGCACCUCGCGCCUCAAGGCAUUCGCGUGAACGCUGUUGCUCCUGGGCCUGUGAUGACCCCUUUGCAGCCAGCAAGUCGCUCUGCCGAAGAGAUGGAGGAAUUUGGUGUCGGUGUUGCCCUUCAUGGGCGUGCAGCUCAACCUGCUGAGCUUGGACCGGCCUUUGUCUUCCUUGCGUCCGCGGACUCCAAUGUCAUGACUGGAGCCUGUAUGCAUGUCAAUAUGGAAUGCAUGUUGGCGGUUCCUAGAAUCACAUUCGAAGGACUUUGACCAUACGCAAUGCUGUAUUAAUAGUUGUGCAAUCGUAAAUGUAUUGUAGCUUUGUAAUGAUAAGU